AUGCCAGGAAUGAAACCUUUACCGGUCAGCCUUUUCUUUGUCGGAGCUGAGAAUGACACAUGCUCCGAUGGUUGGAUGUUCAUUGAUAUCCACUACAGGGCAGUUGAUGCAAAAGCGGAAACCUACUCCUACGGCCUCUUCAUUGGUGCUGGUACGAGCUCGCAAAAUCAGUCACUUUGGCCUUCCAUCGCCUACAACGAGACUAGGCUUGCUAGCAACGACUUCUGCGGCUCUAACAGCGUAGCCCAUUGUCACGAAUCCAAGUAUACUCAUGGCCAUUUUGGACCUGACGCUUCUGCUACUUGGGCCAGCACACCACAAUACAAUUCACUCGACGUCGAAGUGGAGGCUGAGUCUGUGAACACGACAUAUGGUGUGGACAAUCUGAACAUCUAUACUCACUACUUCGAUCCGAGUCCUGCGUCAAGUUUUAUUGUCAAGAAUCAUAGCCUCACGAUACUAUCAGACUAUUCAUUGGAUAGAGACGUGUUUUACGAGUCUGGCUCUCUAGGUCUGGGUUCUGCAAGCACUUUGUUGAAACAACUUGUUGAUAUUGGCCGAAUCAGUCGGAAUGUGUUCAGCAUAUACCUUGGUACUGCUUAUCCAGAAGCUGGAGGGACACAGAAUGGCUCUAUUGUGCUUGGCGGGUACGAUGCAGGCCGUCUUCAAGGAGCUGUACACAAAUAUCCUCAAGCCCCGAAUGCAGGCCCGAGAUCUUCCAAUUUUAAAAUCCGCGUGAAACAGAUGUCUUUGUCAACUGGGGAUGGUUCUUCCAUUGGCAUGGUCACAGAUAACGGCUUUGACGGGCACAUAUCAACAAAUCAGUAUGCAAUGGAGAUGCCACCAUAUGUCAUAAAGCAUCUCGCAGAUGCUCUACAGGGUGUGCCGGCAGGAACACCAGAAAAUACACUGCAAUUGGCACAAAAGUUCAGUGGGAACUUGACUGUUACUCUCGACGAUGACUACGAGAUAGUCUUCCCUUCAGAGUGGAUUUCUAAUGCUUCUGAAAUUACGCCAUUCUCAGCGGCCACGCUCGACACGAACAUUUCUGUAUCAGACGGACCAUUUGUCUUUGGCACCGCGUUUCUGCACCAUCUGUACAUGACAGUUGACUAUGAAGACUCCAGCUUCUAUCUGGCUGAUGCCAAAGUGUACGACAACUACGUCCAGCCGCGUUCGUUAUGUGCUGGCGAAGCUCCGGUCCCACUGGGCCGGCCCAAGGUGAACAAGUUCGUACAGACGGGCAUGGUAGGCGCCAUUCUUGGUGGCCUCAUUGGGGGUGUGGCUUUAGCAUGGCUGGUCUUUUUUGUUAUCCGGAAACGCCUACAGUACCGUCAAUCCGAAAAUGCUAUUCACAAGAUGGAAGGCGGUGGCGCAGCGCACAAGAAGAGCAGUUUGCGAAAGAGGUCGCGGUUUGGCUUUAGUCAAUUCGGACGUAAGAAGGAAAGUAAAGAUGUGACUUUCAGCGAUGUCAAACGUGUGUCACGUGAUUCCGAUUCUUCUUCAGCUAAGGACGUGAAAUUUACAGUAACUGAUGAAGAGAAGGAGCCAGGCACUGUGGGAAUUGAAAUGAGCACACUAGUGAGCGACAGUCAGAAGAAGACAACACAUGUGACGAUUAAAGGCCCAGUCUCUCCAUUAACACCGGCAAUGGAGCAACCGGUCGAGCAUAUCAGAAAAACCACCUUUGAAGCAACGCUACCAGAACCGAGCAAAUUCGAGGAGACAUAUCAGCAAUCACCAUUGCCAAGUCCUUUCACUGCGCAAACACCCAGAACAGGAAACCCAUUACUCGGCGACUUUCGUCAGCAAUUUUCGACCUACGAUGAUAACGAGGACUCCGAUCUACACACAACUCAGCAGAAAAAGAUUCACAGACGGUCAGCAUCAGAAAGACUGAGGGAUUCGCUUCGAUUGACCGUUAAUACGAACACAUCAUCUUCUGAGAGAUCGAAUAUUGUCGGUCAACCUGUUCCGAUGGCAAGGCGCAAACCUGCUCCAUUACCACUAAAGGUUGUGGGAACCACUGCGAAAAUCGGUCACUCUAAGGCGCCUAUGACUCCUUUGAGCGUACGCACUGAUGUAGAUUCGAAUCGCAAGCACGGGUUUUUGAAGAAACUGUUCCCUCCUUCCUGA